AUGUAGUAUAAAUAAUUGGAUGGUAAAUCAAAUUAUUGGAAAGCUGCUAUGCUUGGCACGAUUUUCCUUUUCAUGUUUUCAUCAUUCAAUUCAGCAGCUAAUUUAAUAGGGUUUCUUUAUAAAGAGGCAAAUUAUGAUGAUUUAGGAGUGAUUUCAUUAUUUUCAUUAUAUGCAGCUUUUGGGAUUAGCUCUUUAUUUGCACCUAAUGUUAGCGCAUUAUUUAAUCCAAAAUAUGUAUAUAUAAUGUAUUAAGAAGGAUAGGUUAUGUUCUUUUCAUCUUUUGGGUAUACACUAUAUAUGUCAUGUGGAAUAAUUGUUUAUUAAUGUAAAGAACAUGGUACACAAGAUGGAGUUUGCAGUAAAAGUAUAUUGUAUACAAUUGUUAAUUUUUGUGCAAUAAUAAAUGGUAUAUGUGCUAGUACUUUAUGGGUUUCAUAACCAUGGUAUAUAACAAGCAUUAGUACAAAUGAAACUAGAGGAAAGUAUUUUGGAAUAUUUUGGGCAUUAAUGUAAUCUUCUUAGAUUGUAGGAAAUAUAAUGGGAUUAGUUUUAGUACAACUAUCUCCUAUGAUAUAUUUUUUAGUGAUGACAAUUGUUUGUGGUAUAAGUGGAUGUUGUUUUUUAUUUUUGCCAUCAAAAUUUGAGAAAGCUUAAGAAGUGAAGAGUGUAAAAGAAAAACUUCGAGGAAUUUGUAUUAUUAUAAGUUCAAGAAAGAUGAGACCAAUGUUAUUAUAUUAUUAUUUUGGAGGAACUAUUGUAGCAUUUUAUACAGGAUUUUUGUAUAAACUUAUAGCUGCAUCAUAAUCGGAAGAUCAAAGUUAAGAUGAAAUAGCUAAAAAGUAAGCAUAUGUAUUUAUUGUUCUUGGUGUUUUUGAAUUCAUAAGUGGAAUUUGUUCUGGAUAUUUAUCAGAUAGAGUUAAUCGUUAUAUGAUUGCUACAACUAGUACUAUCAUUGUUGAAUUGGCUUUAAUUGUUAGCAUUAUUAGUUAUUAUACUGAUAACUAUACUUUAUGUUUUAUAUCUGGAGCUUUAUGGGGAACUUCUGAUUGUCUUGUUUCUAAUAUGACUAUGGUUAUUACUACAACACUCUUUCCUGAUUAAAUUGAAGCCUUUGCUAUUAGAGCUAUUAUGACAUCUUUUGCUACCAGUGUUAUGUUAAUUUUUAGUAUAUUGAUUCCCAAUUAAAUCAUUUAUCUAUUAAUUGUUGUAUUAGUCGAAUUAUUAACUAACAUAAGUACAAGUAAAUUAGGAACCAAUUAAAAACCAGAUGAAAUAAAAUUGUGA